GAGUGUCGGAGGCUAUAGAAUUUCAGGUGCAUUAGAAGGUUGUUUAGUUGAGUUGUAAUGGUGAGUGCUUGAAACUGAAAGUAAAUGCACUGCCAGACCACCGUCUCCUGUGACUCGACUUCUCCCUCCUGCGCCUUGACUUCAGGUGCUUGAAGGAGGAAGAUGAAUAGAGGUUGGGCAGAGAUCUCCCUGUCCUUAAGAGGGUACCAAAGGCUAUACCCACAUGUCCAGAUAUGCUGGAAGAACUUCAGGGAGAGCAGAGUCACUUCUGUGGUUGUGUUGGAUACUGGCAACCGAGUCAUCAUCCUACCUUGUUCUGCAGGGGAUGGAGUGCGCUAGAUGCUAUGGAUGGGGCGUGGACAAGCGCCUGAUCCACCUUCCGGCAGGAGAACGACCAUGGAGGUGGUGCCAGCCGAGGUGAAUAGUUUGCUUCCAGAGGAGAUAAUGGACACUGGUGUAACUUUAGUGGAGGAUGAUAGUGUUGAGGCCGUUAUUGUGUCGUCCCCAAUUCCCAUGGAGACAGAACUGGAAGAAAUUGUCAACAUAAAUUCUGCUGGGGACUCUACAGCCACGCCCAUUUCCACGGAACCAAUCACAGUGUACAGUAACCACACUAACCAAGUUGCAGUGAAUACCACAGUUACUAAAGCAGAUUCUAAUACCACAGUGAAACCAGCUUUUCCAAGUGGCCUUCAAAAACUUGGUGCUCAGACUCCUGUGACUAUAUCAGCCAAUCAGAUUAUUUUAAACAAAGUAUCACAGACAUCAGAUCUUAAACUUGGCAAUCAGACCCUUAAACCAGAUGGACAGAAGUUAAUUUUAACAACUUUGGGCAAGUCUGGUUCACCAAUUGUUUUAGCACUACCCCAUAGCCAACUACCCCAGGCUCAGAAAGUUACAACUCAGGCCCAGUCAGGAGAUGCUAAGUUACCACCGCAGCAAAUUAAAGUAGUUACCAUUGGAGGGAGGCCAGAGGUGAAACCUGUCAUUGGUGUCUCAGCAUUGACCCCAGGAAGUCAACUGAUUAAUACUACAACUCAGCCCUCUGUGUUACAGACCCAACAGUUAAAAACAGUACAGAUUGCUAAGAAGCCUCGAACACCAACCUCUGGUCCAGUAAUCACGAAGCUGAUCUUUGCAAAACCAAUUAAUAGUAAAGCAGUUACAGGACAGACAACUCAAGUAUCACCACCAGUCAUUGCAGGUAGGGUUCUUUCACAGUCUACUCCCGGGACUCCAUCAAAGACCAUAACAAUAUCUGAAAGUGGUGUUAUUGGAUCAACUUUAAAUUCUACAACACAGACACCAAAUAAAAUAGCCAUCUCACCUUUGAAAUCGCCAAAUAAGGCAGUGAAAUCAGCUGUGCAGACCAUCACUGUUGGAGGCGUGAGCACAUCACAGUUUAAGACAAUUAUUCCUCUGGCAACUGCUCCCAAUGUCCAGCAGAUUCAAGUGCCUGGAAGCAAGUUUCAUUAUGUCCGCCUUGUUACUGCCACAACAGCCAGUAGCUCGAGCCAGCCAGUUAGUCAGAAUCCCAGUACAAACACUCAACCUCUCCAGCAAGCAAAGCCAGUGGUUGUUAACACCACUCCCGUGCGGAUGUCAGUUCCUCUCGUCUCGGCGCAGACUGUCAAACAGGUUGUUCCCAAACCCAUCAAUCCCACUCCGCAGAUGGUCGCCAGCAGCCAGCCCCAGCAGCGGCUCAUCAUGCCCGCCGCCCCACUGCCGCAGAUCCAGCCCAAUCUCACCAACCUGCCACCAGGCACUGUGCUGGCCCCGGCGCCAGGAACAGGCAACGUGGGCUACGCGGUGCUUCCAGCUCAGUACGUGACCCAGCUGCAGCAGUCCUCGUAUGUGUCCAUAGCGAGCAACUCGAGCUUCACUGGGACACCUGGUAUCCAGACCCAGGCAAGGCUUCCAUUCAACGGCAUAAUCCCAUCAGAGUCUGCCAGUAGGCCCAGAAAACCCUGUAAUUGUACAAAAUCGCUGUGUUUGAAAUUAUACUGUGAUUGCUUUGCAAAUGGUGAAUUUUGCAACAACUGCAAUUGUACUAAUUGUUAUAAUAAUUUGGAACAUGAAAAUGAAAGGCAAAAAGCAAUAAAGGCUUGCCUUGACAGAAAUCCAGAAGCUUUCAAGCCGAAGAUAGGGAAAGGAAAGGAGGGAGAAUCAGAUCGACGUCACAGCAAAGGGUGUAAUUGCAAACGAUCAGGAUGUCUUAAAAACUACUGUGAAUGCUAUGAGGCAAAAAUAAUGUGUUCCUCAAUAUGCAAAUGUGUUGGCUGCAAGAAUUUUGAAGAAAGCCCAGAAAGAAAGACCCUGAUGCACUUGGCGGACGCGGCCGAAGUCAGGGUGCAGCAGCAAACAGCCGCGAAGACGAAGUUAUCGUCUCAGAUUUCGGACUUGCUUACUAGGCCCACGCCCGCUUUGAAUAGUGGGGGAGGAAAGUUGCCGUUCACGUUUGUAACUAAGGAAGUAGCCGAAGCCACGUGUAACUGCCUUCUUGCCCAGGCGGAGCAGGCAGACAAGAAGGGAAAAUCAAAGGCAGCAGCCGAACGGAUGAUACUUGAGGAAUUCGGACGGUGUUUGAUGAGUGUCAUCAACUCUGCAGGGAAAGCAAAAAGUGACCCUUGUGCCAUGAAUUGCUAACUCUUGCACAAAAGACUGAUAAGUGGAACUGUACAGAAAAUUGAAGGUGCAGGGACACUUGAUUUUCUGAAGAUAGUUUAACAAUUACUGUAUUGUUAAUUCAGUCCUUGUGAGACCUGAAAUUAUAAUAUUGAAAGAGAAGAAAUUUUAAAUGAGGAAAUUAGUACAUUUUAAAUCUUAGCUAAAUCUGUUUAUGUCCCUUCUAAAUUCAGUUUUUCUUUAUUGUAUUACAUGGAUUUUUAAUUUGCAUGAGUUUCUUAAGAAUUAGAUGUUUUGUCCUUCUGAUUCUAUUGACAAAGGACAUUUAUAAAUUACUAUAAUUUAUAACGUUUGGUGUUGUAUGACUUUGUUCCAGUAGAAAAAGCCAAACCACCAUUGGUAUUAUCCAGUCAUUCUUUGGCACUAGACCCAAGCAGAUAGAAUGUCCACACAAACAAAUUCUUAUGAAACGUAUUCAAAUGACAUUUUGCGUUUAGAAAAGCUCUCUUUUUAAGAAAAAACAGCUUUUUAGCACAGAUUCUGGAAUAAUAUCCUGUCACUUUGGAAAUGUCAGAAGGGGGAAGUAAUCCAUAGGCACACUUUUAAAAUAAAAAAGUUAAAAAAAAAAACCCAAAGUGUUAAGGGACAGUAAAUAGUUCUUAAUAGGCAAUGUAUUUCUCUGAGGAGUGACUAAGAAGUGCUCUAGGGUGUUUCCAUUUUCUUUGAAGGAGGUGGUGUGCAUUUGAAAUGAUAAAUUGUCAGAGUGAUUACUGGGUACUAUUAAAAGUGAGAGGUGCAUAUGAAUAGAACUUAAUAUUAUUAUGUAGUGAUGAUAAUAGAACCUUACAUAAUUAUCAGGUAUAAAAUUUGGCUUGGAUGGAGAAAUGAAGAACAUUGAAACUCCAAUAGAUGAAUUUAGGGAAGGAUUUUUCAUCUAUACAAUUCUCUUUAUAGACUUUUGAACUAAGAGGUCUCAGUCCAAUGUAUGAGUCUUUUACUUGAUUUACUGAAAGGGCCUCCUAACAAAACUUUCAAAAUCAUAGUGGGAUUUCUUUUUAUAAGGGAAGCUUAAUAUGGCAUUCUUUUUAGCCAGUGAUUUGAUAAGCCGAAGGUAUGAGUGUUUUCUUAUUAUUAAAAUAACCUAAAUCAUUUUCGCUAAUUCAAAAUUCGAAAGCUUUAUGAAUUUUAGAGCCAGUAAUAGGACUCGGAUUUUAAUGACAAGAAAAAAACCAUGUUGGAAUUCAGGCAUUUUGUUAGGUACCUUAAUCCUCAGUAAUUAUUAGUAUAUGAUUAUUACAUUUCCUACAAGGAAUCUAUAGUUGUAUGUAUUAAGUGUGUAUAUAUGUUCAUAUGAACACGCAAGAUAUAGGCAAUAGAAAUUAAGUAAUCCAAAAAAAGAUUCCGUUAUUCAUUGAAGUAUCUUCCUUUUGAAAUCUGGAUUUAUAAAAUUAUAGUUCAGUAGAAACUUUAAAUGUAGAUAGUGCAAACGUUCUUAGCACCUCAAGCUAGUAUGUUUAAUUAAAAUUUGUAUAAAUGUAAAUCAGUAUAAGAGGAUAAAAUAUCAAGUUAUUUUUCAAAGAUUACAAUACCUUUUUGGUCUAAACCUAAACUUUGUUCAUUUUGUACAUAUUCUGUGUUUAAUUCUAAUUGCACCUUUGUGAUGUGUAUUUAUAUACAGUGUGCAGAAAAUGUUUGUGAAAUUUGGAUUACAAUUGUAGAUUAUGUAUGACGGCAUUGCUUGAGAAUGUUUUGCUUGUAAAAACUUGAAGGUGCAAUCAAAUGCUACUAGUUUUUCUGAUUUUCAAGAAGCUAUCUAAAGUAUUAAGACUUUUCCUUCCUGUGUCGUGCUUA